GUGGAUUUAUCCCUGGACCGGAGGCAGUUGGACCACAUCAACAUUACCAGGAGAGAUCAGCGAUGGCGUUCCAGUCAAAUGUGAUCAGCUCGCAGCCUCAGGUCGCGGUCACACAGUUCACCGUGUCGCCAGGACGAUCAGAGUGGAACUCAAACGUGUGCGACUGUUGUGACGACUGUGGAAUAUGUCUUUGUGCAACAUUCAUCCCAUGUAUCCUGGGAUGUAAGGUUGCCCAGGACAACGGGGACAGCUGCUGCGUGCCCUGCCUCCCCGGCGCUAUGAUCGCUCUGAGGACGAGCAUCCGCAGCAGAUACCAAAUUGAGGGCUCAGUGUGUGACGACUGGGUCGUCAUGGCCUGUCUGCCUCUGUGUGGACUGUGUCAAAUGGCCCGGGAGCAGAAGAUAAGACAAUAAAAUAAAACAAUAUAUAACCAGUCUGGAUAACUAACGUUUGACUGUUUUUCAGUUUGUGUUUGUACCUUAGAACAAAAUGUACAAUUAAUGAAUGACAAUGACAUGAUGAACAGAUUCCAUUGUUUAAAACUACAGAAGAGACUCACAGAUAUAAAAGAAAUAAUUAGAUAUCAUGUAUCUCCAUGAGACCAGCGCCCCCCGCCACCCUUGAGUGAGUGAGUGAGUGAGUGAGUGAGUAUACUGUAUCUUUAUGAGCCUCAACUUUUUGCACUUAUAGCAACUCAGUGUAACCAAAGUCAAUGUCCUUGUGUUCAACCCUUCAAAAUAAAUAUAUUUCAGCAGUAGUUUCCGACUCCGACAUUCAUCAGGGAGUCAAAAGAUCAUUUGUGUGGACUUGAGAGGGUGCAGGCAUGUAAUACAUCCAGCAGGUGGCAGCAGAUUUGGUCCAAACUUACUCAAUAACAAUUGAGGAAAACACAGAAAAACAUAUAUGACAGAAACCAAUAGAAAUUGUGAGAAGUGCAACAAAUGAAUGAAAAGAAAAAAGUGGCUGCAAACAUGUAAAAAAAAAGGUCUAUAUUCUGUACAAACAUGAUCUCUAACACUAAACCGAAACAUUACUUCCAACUCUUAGCCCUAAACUUAAUCAGUUCCUCAGAAAGUUGUUUGUGUCUCCAUGACGACUCCUGGAUGUCCUAAAGAUAUAAUAAAUACAUACAAUAAUA